GCCGGACCCGCGGCACCGCCCGCUCCCUCCGUCCCUCCCCGCCGGCCCCGGGCAGCCCCGGCCCCGCCGAGCUCCGCGCAGGCAGCUGCCUUGGCCCCGAGUGCUGCCGUGGGCACCAUGAAGGGUCUUUGGGCCCUUGUGCUUGCAGGGUUCGUCAGUGCUUGUGAGGGCAAGGAGCUGCCACCGGCGGAAGGGGAGCUGUGCCCACAGCUGUGGGAUGAAGAUCUGGUUGGGGACAAGUAUGAGAAUGUAACAGGUUUUAACCUGGUGAAGAGGUUUGACCUGCUGAAGAUCUCCUCCGUCAAGAAGAUCCGCAACCCGAGGGGGCCGGCGGUGCUGCGGCUGGGCGCCGUGCCGCUGGUCCAGCCCACGCUGCAGGUGUUUCCCCGGGGGCUCCCACCUGCCUUCACCCUUGUCUUCACUUUGCUGCUGAAGAAGAACAGCACCGGGGAGCACUGGUACCUCUUCCAGGUCACCGACCGGCAGGGCUACCCCCAGCUCUCCCUGGCUGUGCAUGGCCCUGAGAAGAGCCUGGAGUUCCAGGCCAGGGCGCGGGGGGCCACGUUUGUCAGCGCCGUCUUCGCGGGGAAGGCGGUGGCGUCCCUCUUCGACGGGCGGUGGCACAAGGUGGUGGUGGCCGUGCAGAGCCACGGCGUCUCCGUCCACCUGGACUGCUCCUCCAUCUCCUCCAAGCCACUGGCAGCCCGGCGGGCACUGGCCCCUGAGGGCAAUGCCUUCCUGGGGCUGGAUGCCGUGCGUGGCACCCCGGUCCGGUUUGACAUCCAGCAAGCUCAGAUCUACUGUGACGCCGAACUGGCCAGGCAGGAGGGGUGCUGUGAGAUCUCGGCCAGUGGGUGCCUUGUGGAAGUGCCCAAGACCCGUCGGCAAGCGGAGCUGAUGCAGAGCAGCAACCUCAUCGAGAUCUCCCCGCAGCCUGAGGGCCGCGUCUACACCCGCUGCUUCUGCCUGGAGGAGCCGCUGGGCACGGAGCCAGUGAGGACUCCAGGGAGGACCAGCCCAAAGAGCGAUCGUGGGGAGAAGUGCCCGCCCUGCUCGCUGCAGACAGCCUCAGCAAAUGUCACACUUGGUCCCCCAGGUCCAAAGGGUGGGAAGGGUGAGCGGGGCCUGCCCGGCACUGCUGGCAGCAAGGGGGAGAAAGGCGAGCGUGGCGCUGACUGUGUGCGCUCCCACCCCGGUGGUCCUGUGCAGUGCACCGAGGGGCCGCGGGGCGAGAAGGGGCAGCGUGGAGAGGGGGGGGUCCCGGGGCCGGCCGGUGCUGAUGGGCAGAAGGGCCAGAAGGGUGAGAAGGGCGACGGGGGAGUGCAGGGGAAGCCGGGGCGCCCAGGGAGAGAUGGCCGGCCUGGAGAGAUUUGUGUGGUGGGUCCCAAGGGACAGAAGGGUGACCCUGGCCUUGUGGGACCUGAGGGGCUGGCUGGUGAGCCAGGACCCCCAGGGAAGCCAGGUUCUCCUGGGAUUGGCAUUCCAGGGAAGCCGGGUAACCCUGGUGGCCUCCCGGGUCCAAAGGGAGAAAAGGGCAGUUCGGGAGCUCCUGGACCUGGAGGAACGCCCGGGACACCAGGACCCCCCGGUGUCCUGGGGCCGAAAGGAGAGAAGGGUGAGCCGUGCGAGGUGUGUCCCACCGUCUCGGAGGGGAUGCUGGGUGCCACCGGGCUGCCCGGCAAGCCAGGACCGAGGGGAGCGCCCGGCAAGGACGGGGUCUCGGACACCCCUGGUCCCAUGGGACCCAAAGGGGACAGGGGAGAUCGUGGCAUCCAGGGGAUGAAAGGGGAAAAGGGGGACUCCUGCCUGUCCUGUGACCCCCACGUCCUUGCUGCACUGCUGCGGGGUCCCACCGAGGGGCUCCAGGGUGAGCCGGGGUUGCCGGGCAAUGCAGGGCUCCCCUCGCUGGCCGGCAUCAAAGGUGAGAAGGGGGAUGGUGGCCAGGAGGGACCCAUGGGCAGACCGGGAGUCCCAGGAGACAAGGGUAAUCCAGGUGUGCAGGGGCUCAAAGGAGAGAAGGGCGAGUCGUGUGGGCAGUGCCCUGCAGCCCCCCAGGCUCUUGAGGGAGCAGUGACAGUGCUGGCUGUGCCGGGACCACCGGGGGAGAGGGGCCCGGGAGGCCCCCCGGGCAGGGCGGGCAGACCUGGUGAUUCUGGCCAGAAGGGACAAAAGGGGGACGCAGGCAGCCCUGGGGACCCGGGGGUCCCAGGCAUGGCUGGGGUCCCGGGGCUGUCGGGGGAGCCUGGCACCAGGGGUCCAGCUGGUCCCAAAGGCGAGAAGGGAGACGCCUGUGAGCCCGUUCCUGCUCCGCACGGAGACUUCUCAGGUGUGGUCGGCAUCCCAGGGAAACCUGGGGCCAAAGGGGACCAGGGCCCCCCAGGCAUCGGCCAGCCAGGCAGACCCGGGAAGCCAGGACUGCCAGGGGUGCAGGGCCCUGCUGGGCUGAAGGGGCUGCAGGGUGAGCCGGGACCACGGGGGAUCGGCCAGCCGGGACCACAGGGAGAGCCUGGGAGCACCGGACCCCCCGGGAUACCUGGCCCCCCUGGACCCCAGGGACCCCCAGGGAUGGCAGCAGAGAAAGGUGCUAAGGGAUCUCCAGGACCCAAAGGUGCUGUUGGACCCCCUGGGCCACCAGGGACCAGUGUCACGGGGCCACCAGGCCCUGAAGGGCAGCAGGGGCACCCCGGGUCCAGUGGGCAGCCGGGGGAAAAGGGCGCCCGGGGAGAGAAAGGAGACCCUGGGGAGUGCCUGUGCCCACCCAGCCCCCGCCAGGACCCCAACUAUGCUGGGAUGCCGGGAGCCCCAGGACUGUGGACUGGGAUGUCCUGGCAGCCACAGCCAGGCCCACAGGGUCCCCCUGGAGCUCCUGGCCCCCCCGGCCCCCCCGGUGCCCCAGGCCGCCAGGGGAUGCCAGGACACAACGGCUUACCUGGCCUGCCCGGACCAGCUGGAGACCUGGGGCCACUGGCUGUCAUGGCCGAGAGGAACAUCGAGGUGCUGAAGACCCUCUGCGGGGACUGCACGCAGCUGCAGGCAGCCUUCACAGCACCCAGCAGCACUGAGGGGGAGAAAGGGAAUGGGGGCAUGCCAGGUGCCCCUGGAAAUGAGGCCUGUGCCCAGUGCUUUGCCCAGUUCCCAAGAGCGGAGGAGGCUCGGGGUGACAACCCUGACCCAGACUGCGCGGGACAUCCCGGGCUGCCGGGCGCCCCGGGCAUCCCUGGUGACAGGGGCGAGCAGGGCUCUCCAGGACUGCGGGGACCCCCGGGACCACCCGGGCCCAUUGGCCCCCCAGGCUUUCCUGGAACGCCUGGCACACCCGGACUGCCCGGUCUUCAGGGGGAACGUGGCCCCACUGGACUUGCUGGAGCCAAAGGGGAGCCGGGUCCUCCAGGGCAGCCCGGAUACCCCGGUGCAACCGGCCCCCCCGGCCUUCCUGGCAUGAAAGGUGAUCGAGGCUACGUGGGCCCCCCCGGGGAGAAGGGGGAACUGGGACCCCCUGGCCUGGACGGCCCCCCCGGUCCCACAGGGCCAGUGGGACCAAGGGGUGAGCGAGGGCUCCCAGGCAGCGCCGGCGAGAAGGGGGAUCAGGGUUUCCAGGGCCAGCCCGGCUUCCCGGGGCCGCCGGGACCACCUGGCUUCCCAGGGAAGGUCGGUCCUGCUGGGCCACCCGGGCCCAUGGCUGAGAAGGGCAGUGAGGGCAUGCGUGGCCCCACGGGGAUGCCAGGGCCCCCUGGACCACCUGGACCCCCUGGCAUCCAGGGUCCUGCUGGCUUGGAAGGACUGGAUGGCAAGGAUGGCAAGCCAGGGCUGCGGGGUGACCCUGGCCCCCCUGGACCACCAGGAAUGAUGGGUCCUCCAGGCUUCAAGGGGAAGACGGGGCACCCGGGUCUGCCGGGACCAAAGGGUGACUGUGGCAAACCUGGCCCCCCAGGGAUCACAGGCCGGCCAGGAGCAGAGGGUGACCCUGGACCCAUGGGACCCCAAGGCCGCCAGGGACCCCCAGGGCUCGUUGGCCCCCCAGGCAGCCCGGGGCAGCCGGGUCCUGCUGGCCUGGCUGGAGUGGGGCUGAAGGGUGAGCGGGGCUCAGCAGGGGAGCGAGGUCUGCCAGGGAUGCCAGGACAGCCGGGACCUCCCGGACACCCAGGAUCGCCGGGGGAGCAGGGACCCGAUGGACCCGUUGGUAAAGAGGGACCCCCAGGAAAACCUGGUAUCGCGGGACCAGCUGGCCAGAAGGGUGAAGCUGGUUCCCCCGGCGAGAGGGGCUACCCCGGAGAGAAGGGCAGAGCCGGGAUGCCCGGGGGGCCGGGGAAGAGUGGCUCUAUGGGCCUGGUGGGGCCACAGGGGCCCACGGGGGAGAGGGGCCCCCCCGGCUCACCAGGACCUGCGGGCAGCCCCGGGCUGCCGGGACCCCCGGGGAUGAUGGGCGACCUGGUGAAUUACGAUGAGAUCAAGAGGUUCAUCCGGCAGGAGCUGAGCAAGAUGUUUGACGAGCGGAUGGCGUACUACACCUCCCGCCUGCACUUCCCGGUGGAGAUGGUGGCAUCCCCAGGGAGACCCGGUCCCCCGGGGAAGGACGGGCUGCCCGGCCGGCCGGGACCCCCCGGCUCCCCGGGGAUGCCGGGGCAGAUCGGCAGAGAGGGGCGGCAGGGCGUGCCGGGCAUGCGGGGUGAGCCGGGAGCCAAAGGAGAGAAAGGCGAGAAAGGCGUGGGGAUGAUGGGGGACAGCGGCCCCCCCGGGCCCCCGGGUCCUCAGGGGCCACCAGGCUAUGGGAAGAUGGGCCCCCCCGGCCCGGUGGGGCAGCAGGGUAUCCCCGGCAUUCCCGGCCCCCCGGGUGCCACGGGGCAGCCGGGCAAGACCGGGCACUGCAGCCCGGCCGAGUGCAUGGGCGCUGUGCCCCUGGAGCAGCCCCUCUUCCAGCCCAAGAACGUCAAGGGUCCCUUCGGCUGAGGGGCUCCCCGCGCCCCCCCCCUCCCCGCCUUUGCUGUUAAUAUUGUUUCCCCGCUGUGCCGGGGGCUGUGCCUGUCCCGCGGGGGGCUGGGGGGUGGGCUGGGGGGUCCGGGUGUUGUACAGCUCCGUCGCGAUCGUGAGGGCAGGUGGAUCCUGCCCGG